AGCGCUCACUGGCUGCUCCGCCUUUUAAUGUGUGAGAAGCCCGUUCAGAGGUCGGACUGCCGGGACCGACCACCGGACUCAGUGCGGACUCACAGCUGCACCGGAGACCAGGAACAGAACCGGGAGAAGUCAGAGGAGACUUUACGCUCGGAUCCGAGACAUGGAAUGCAUUGAAAGAACUCAGAUACUGUGAAAGUUUGCAUUUCGGAUAUGGAGACACGAAUGAAAAGACAAUUAAUCACAAUUAAGUCAACCACCACUCUCGCCUGGGUCUGAGGUGCAGCGGAGGAUGACACCUGCACCCCGCCUGGCGAGGACCGACGCGUUGUUCCGGACUUGGCAUCUUUGAAGAGUAGGUUAUGUCAAAGCUUCUGCGAGAGUGACUUUCUGCCUUUAAUUCUGCAGACGGAUCAUCCAUCCUGCUCGCUGCCAUCCCGAGUUAUCGGCUGUGGCUGCAGAAACAGCGCAUUUGUUGCGCUCCUUUACAUCUUUGCACCAUCGCGGACUGCGGCGGAGACUCAUCUCGUACCCGGACAUCUCGUACACACAGGUAAUGUGUCUGCAGCCACAGUCAUUUAAACUGUGUCUACCGUUCAGCUCACCUUGACAUGUCUGCACCGCUCGUCUCACGCUGUUUCCCUGUUGAGAGUUCACAUCUGCUGGAUAUUAAGAAAUAAAAGAGAGCUUUGCCUCAAACGCAUCCCCUCUCUCCAACAGCAGUAAGGCAGUAUAAUCUGUGGAGCACUGACUCACCAUGGGCACUGUACUAUCACUGUCUCCCGGCUCUCGGAAAUCAGGCUACUAUGACAACCGGCCGGGCUCGCUCAGCCACUACCCGAGCCUCAGCAGCCGCUCUCUCAACAGCCAGAAAGACCGCGGGCUGAAGAGGGGCCAGUCCAUCUUCCUCCCAGCGCUCACGUGGAAGCGACUGGUGGCCUCUACGAAGAAGAAGGGCAACUCCAAGAAAGGCUCCGGAGGUCCAGUGGCCCUCGGGGACCCUCUCAACAACAACAACAUCAGCAUCUACCAAAAGGACCCUGUGUUGCACCUCAACCGCGAGAAUGUGAAGAAGUCGCUGUCGUGUGCCAACCUGUCCACCUACGAUGGCCCAGCAGGACUGGGUCUGGGGCUUGGCUACGGCCUGGGGAUGGGCCAGGGGCACGGAUGUGGCUACAGCAAGUCCCAACAACUUUCCUCUGUGAAGAAAAUUCCCCAAGGGACAGUGACCUCGUCCCCAAAGCGUGUCAUCGUCCAAGCCUCCACCAGCGAGCUCCUGCGCUGCCUGGGGGAGUUCCUUUGCUGCCGAUGUUACCGCCUGAAGCAUCUGUCUCCAGCCGACCCGGUGCUCUGGUUGCGGGCCGUGGACCGCUCGCUGCUGCUGCAGGGCUGGCAGGACCAGGCCUUCGUCACGCCGGCCAACGUGGUCUUCGUCUACAUGCUAUGCCGAGACGUCGUGGAUGGCGACCUGGUGGCGUCGGAGCAUGAGCUGCAGGCCAUCCUGCUCACCUGCCUCUACCUGUCCUACUCCUACAUGGGCAACGAGAUCUCGUACCCGCUCAAGCCCUUCCUGGUUGAGGCGGGUAAGGAGGCCUUCUGGGACCGUUGCCUCACCAUCAUCGAUGCCACCAGCUCCAAGAUGCUGCGCAUCAACGCAGACCCGCACUUUUUCACACAAGUAUUUGCUGAACUCAAGAGUGAAGGCGGCUGUGGCCCUCAGGACUAUAGUCGGGUUCUGGAUCGGUGAGAGUUUGAGCACCGAUCCUUGCUGACCGCAUGCCUUUUUGUACACUCAUGCACACUUAUACUUGUACGCAGACACACACAUUUGUCUCAUACAGAUUCCUCUCUCCUUUUUUCUUCUUCUGCUGCCCUGCAGGAGCAAUGAAAGCCUAUCUUAACAGAGUUAUGUAGACUUAGUCAUUCCAUCUGUGUUUGUUGCCAUUGUCCCUUCCAUCCACAGAUAGAAAUAAGGAAUCAAAACAUUUCCUCCCCAAGAUUUUCUCUGAUAAUUGGCUAACAGAGGCUCACAGUUGUGUUUUUUUCCUGGAAUAUCCACCUGAGUUUACUUGAAUUGAGGAACCAUUUGGUCCACCUGUCCCAUCUGUCCCCAUGUGUCUGGUCCCAGUCGUCCCAGCUGCCCCUCUGGAUCUGCACACCCAGCAUCCUCAACCUCAUAUCUGAAUGUGAUCAAUCAGUGUGCACGGGACAACAAGAUGCCAUCAUCACUCACAAAAAUACCAUCAAGGACUUUUCACUAGUUAUAUUCUAAACAGCCGAGGCGAUUCACAGAAGAAUAAAACGUGAUAUAGACAAUAUAAUCCACCUAGGCCACGUUAUAUUUUCCUGGACAAUACAAGGAGACAUCUUGACAUCCGCUGCUGGCUAAGCCCCAUGUGGCAGCAGUGAAAAGUGACUGAUGGGAACAGCUGAGAGGUCCAUGUAAGGUCUCGCUGGUCCUGCUGUGUGCUGUGUAAUCACUAAAGCAAAACGAACAGGCAGUGUUUUGUGGAGCCUUUUGAGGGUCGUCUGGCCUGAGGGUAACGGGUUGCUAUUUUUUAUCUUUACCCACUCAAGUCAAGCCAGUGGACUCCUCUGUGUUUCUGUUUUAUGUCAUCUCAGGAGAGUUUCCUGGUGGAAGCAGAACAUGGAUUUCAGACUUAAAUGUUUUGUGUGAGUGCAUGCAUGGCCGUGUGUGUGUGUGUGUAUGCAUUGUGCAGUGGACGGCAGCUAGGGUCAUCAGCUGUUUACACCAUCCUUUGUUCCCUGCGUCUUGUUGACAGGGCACCCACAGCCGUGGUAUUAAUGAGAUUAGCAGAUUACUGCGGCCCCUCCCCUCUCUCAACCUCUGCCCCCUUCUUGUCCACUCGGCAGCCCUGCAGAGCUUCGGUGGCUAAUCCAGGCCAGGCUGGACCGGGCUGGACUGUAAACGCACACAUAAAAUACAUACAUACACAUAAAACGCUGUGUGUCACACGUGUGCAGCUCAGGGUCCAAGUUAGAGGCAGUAAAACUCUCUGAGAGCUAUCCAGGCAGGAAUGGCAGAUGAAUGCUGUUGUGGUUGAAGGGGUUUGUUGUUGUUGCUUCUGAAUUUGCCCCACUUUCUUGUCAGUCACCGGCGCAUCCUCAUCUGCCAUCAAGAAGCUUGUUUUCUCUCUCGUCCCUCCCUCAACUCCUGUCUCUUGCUAAAUUAUUCCCUUCGAUGAACCAUUGUCAUUUGUGCUUCAGUGGCUUUAUCUCUAUUUCCCAUGCGUUUUAUGGUGGUUACAGAUGAGCCCGAGGUUCAUCGUUAUUGGCCUGAAAAAUAUAUAGAUAUUUUUGAAAGCAGAUCAGAUUAAAUAUAUUUUGAGCUGGAUUUUAUGUCCCUAGCCAUCCAAAAGUUGUUUGGAUUCCUGCUGCAAGAGGUCACCGAAGUUUACAGUUCAUCUUUCAAUGCUGAAAGCUCAGAAAAAAAGCUUCCGGUAGUAGAAAGUAGAUGGGGGGAAAACCACAACUUAGCUGCUAAUGAUGCGUCAGAGUGGCUUAAAAAGGAAAUAAACAGUUAAACUACAAAGGGUUUGUGCUGCAAAUGGUAUAUUUAAAUCACCUGAUUUUUUCCCUGUUUCUUUGAUCAAAACAGAUAAAUUUACUGAUUUUUGGGUAUAAAAACAAAAACAAUACGCCCUACCUGUGUUAUAGAACAGUGGUUGCCAACCUUUUUGGCUUGUGACCCCUUAAAAUGAAACCCCUCACCGUUGGUUGCAUAUGUUUACCAGUUGUUACUAUUUUAACCAAAGAGCGAUUUCUUCCUCCUCCGGUUGGGAACCACUGGUUUACAGUAGUAUGCUGUUGGUUCAGGAAGCUGCUUCAAACCUAAAAACAUGGACGCUUGACUUCCACCAAGAUGCGUUGCCCACAAUAGCAUGUGGCAAAGCCUUAAUCUUAUUGUGUUCGGCGUCUGGAGGUUUUAGUGCUCCACUUCCCUCCUUCAUGUGGCAGUAGCUCUUGCACACUUUGUCGUGACACUACAGCAUAUACUCACCCACAAGGUCAUAUGAUAAACGAGCAUGUCUAUAAGAUCCAACCUUUACGCACAUGUGCAAACAAACACACUCUGGUUCACAUCCCCUCCUUGGGUAAUCCUGUCCUAAUCCUCCCACCCAAUCAAACAGAGAGAGGGAGCGAGGGAUGAAAACAUGGAGAAAUAAGUAAACGGUUCAGAAUCCGAUGAGAUUUGGUGUCACACUUCCCAUACACUGUUGGCCCUCGGCUCAGCCUUCAAAUCCUGCUCUAACAAACUAGAGGCCUCAGAGACCCAAAGCUCAGCCUUGCUGUCUAUUCCAGCUCACCGGGGCUUAUUGGAGUCAAGCCUGCCUCCCUGCCCGCCUGAGGGAUCUCGCAUGAGCUCACACCAGUCAACCACAGAGGAGUGACGGCAGUGAUUCGCGCUCAGAGAGUAGAGCGCCGAGACACCACCGUCUCUUUUUCUGGAGCUUUGACUGGCAGCCAUUUUGGGCUCAUUGUUGCAGUCAGUGCAGCUCUCUCUCUCUGGCCUGGCCCCGGCUUUGACAAGGACACUUGUGUCUUGACUCAACCCCCCUGUCUCCUCUUCCCCCCUCCAACACCGUUUCCACACACUCAGCUGUUGUUCCCUGCCUGUUUCAUUAGAUUUGACACCCCACACCCGCCAGCCAUUGUCAGGACGAGGAAGGGCAGAAUGGGGCCGUUUGUUGGCAUCGGGUUGGUUGUGUUUGUGCGUGAAUGUGGGUCAAAGUUAAGGGCAACAUCUGCUUCCACCAUCCGUCUCCUGUAGACCUGGACAUUAAUUCAAUCAGAAGAUACAGUACAACAUGUUCAAGUGCCGCUGAUAUUAACUCUUGCCCUGACAUCAGUGACAAAUGAGGAACAAUCUGCUGCAGGUUUCCUUUAGCGGCAUGUUGUGACUCUUCCUUUAAUGAAAAAACAACUGACAUUCGGUUCAUUCUUCAUGCUCAUUAAUGGCACAGAAACAGAGGAACCAUGUUCAUUUAAGCCUUAUUGAGCUUUAAUGCAACUUGUCAAAUGUGACGGUAAUAUGGUCUUGACUAAAAAGGCAACUGUCCCCUCUUUCAGUACCUCCGUCCAAUCAGUCGCCAAGCUGGAUCACGUAGCUGCUCCUCCAAUCGUUUCACAUAGUGGAGCGGCCUCCAAGCCAAUUAACUCGCAUCUCAACUGGAGCUCUAAUUCUGUUCAUCCAAUCAAACCCCUCGGCAUGAGUCCCGAGCUCUAUACCUGACUGACGGCAAACAGACACAUGAUGCCUGUGACAUCUCUGUGGAUAAUUUAUUCUCUUGUUACGUAGAAACUGAUUGACUCCAGGUAUUUAAACAAGAUUAAACAAGACAUUUAGUGCAAACUGGACCUUUCUCUGUGGAUGGGACCUUCAUCUGCUUUACAUAAUAUUUCAGAUGGGCUUUGGACCGGCUCUGUUUUGGAGACUUUUGGGUUUGUGUGAACAAUGUGAUAAAAGAUUUAACGUAUAAGUCUGGUGUUAUGUCUAUAUUUUUCCUAUUGUCAACAAAGAACCAUGCAUUAGACUGUAUUUUAGUACUUUCAGGCUUCCCUACCCUGUCUGUGUUUUCAGGCGCAAGCCUAUUUGUUCUUAAUAAAGACAUAAAUCUUUUAAAAUAUAUCAUGAAUGUACUUUCCUAAAAAAGCUGGGCACUGUUGUUUUUAGGAAAUGUUACUGAAACAGGAGUAAAAAAAUGCAUUUGUCUGGGACUAUUUUCAGCUGAGGAUGAAUACACGUUCAUCGUAGUGAAGGAACAUGUCACCCAGUGCAACAGUGCGGCUCAUUGAUGUUGUUUUGGGAGCUUUAUGGCACAGAGGAAUAAGAUAUAUCAGGCUUUGGACACACUGACAAUACUUUAUAGUGAUCAAUUCAUUGUUGGUUAUGUUCUUUUGUUGACAAUAAGACAAAUAUAGCACAUCACCAGACUUUACCUUUAAGUCACCACAGCUCUAUGAGUUGUGUUAAGUUAUUUCAGUAUGCUGCUGCUGCUGCUGCUGCAGGUUGGUGUGAGAUUUCAAUGGCACACCUUAGACUGACGAUGUAAAUAUGUGAGUGUGUAACAAAAAGAGCUGUUAAGAAUGAAAAAAAUGAACAAAAAGAAAUUGUCUUGCUGUGUAGUAGCAUGCAUGCCAGCCAGGUAGUUUAGAAAUAUUUUGUCAUUUCUUCUUCUUUCUUUUUUUUUUUUUACCUCUGCUUUUGUUUGAUUUUUAUAUGUGAUGUUUUAAAUGAAAGAUUGUUUCUUUGGUAACUUAAAAUUGGAUCUCAUUGGAGCGUUCCUUCAUAGGAAACAUGUCAACAGUGAUAAAGUCUCUUAUAACUGCAGAUGUAACUAUCAUCAUUAUGGUGGUCUGUUCAUGUUUAGAAACAAUAGAGACUAAAAUAAAAUAAAAUAAAAUAAUCGACUCUCACUUUUGGUCCUGAAAUAGCAACGCAUGUGAAUUCAUAUGAGCUAUGACAGAAUAAUAACUUAACAUCCUUUAUUUUAAACUCAGCUGUCUCAUACCAGACUUCAUUUGUCAAUUUGCUAAAUUAGAUGUGGGCAUGACGUGUCAUCUUACUGCAUAAAGAAUCUCACUGCCCUCUCAGAUUCACACAGACAUAUAGAGCUGAUCAAGUUAGUGGCUAUCAAUAGCUUUUCUCAUCAAUGCACCAGCUGGUGACACAAAGGCGGCCAUUGUACAUGUAGCAUUUGUCGCAGGCAGCUCCGGCUCAGAUUGCAUCCUCCCUGAUUGUAGCUUUGCCUCCGAAGCUUCAGCUUUUUUUCCACAAAAGCUUUCAACUUUCACAACUUCACAUCCAUCAUCACAACACCUCGUCUGUGUUGUGUCCGCACUGGACAGAUGUUAAUACAGAGAUAAAUAUAUAACUGUCAAGUGUCCAUCUCUUCAUCCUCCUCCGCCCGGGUCCCCCUGAGUUUCCAUAGUUACCUUCCUCAGCCAUCGUUGUAACUGUCACACCAAAAUGAAGCAGCACAUCACCUCGAGUGACUUUUGUAAAGCCACUAAAAUGUGUGUUUGUGUGUGUAACUAAAAGAAAAAUACUGUUGAUGGGGAAAACUUGAAGAAAAACUAAUGUGACUGUUUCAUUUUUCAUGUUUUUUUGUUUGUUUGUUUUCCGUUUUCAUGAUGAUGAUGUUGAUUAUUUAAUAAAGUACUGAGCUGAAAUCCAAA